GCGCCCCUCCGGGCUUUCCGUUCUACUUUGGGGCUCCAACCCGCUGCCCCUGCCUCAGGUUUCUGUUUGCCGUGUCUCCUCCCUCCCUGCUUUGAGUCUCCCCAAGCGUGACACGCCCCUUCAUUUGCCCCCGAAUUUCCCCCUGGGGACACCGCUAGGCGGGAUGGCACAAUCUGCGAGCCUAACUGGCCCUAGGAUCCUGCGGAGCCCAGGAGACUACAACUCCCAGAGGUCUAUCGGCAGAGGCUCGCUUGUCAGGCCGGGACUCUCUUAGUUAGUGACAACUCGGCUGACUAAUGGCUUCAGAAGCUACACCCGUUCACACACUGAGAGACCAAUCAGGGGGUGGUUGGGGGGAUGUUUCCUAUUUUGAGGCAUCCACUCAGGGGAAAAAAUGGAAUUGAAAGGGAAAAUGUUUCAGCCCAGCUCUCCGUCAAAAAAGGAGAGAAUGCUUUCCUUUCUUUUACAAAAAUGCCCAUGAUCUAGUUUUCCUAAUCCAGCUUCUGAUAUUCUGUAUGUUCUAUUGUUUGUGGACGGUAUUUUCUGGUUUCAGAUCGUCGAUGUUAUUGUUGGGAAAGACGAAAAAGGCAGAAAGAUCCCAGAAUAUCUGAUCCAUUUUAAUGGUUGGAACAGAAGCUGGGAUAGAUGGGCAGCAGAGGAUCAUGUCCUUCGUGACACCGAUGAAAAUCGGAGAUUACAGCGGAAAUUGGCCAAAAAAGCUGUAGCUCGCCUGAGAAGCACAGGAAGAAAGAGGAAGCGCUGCAGGUUGCCUGGUGUGGACUCUGUCUUAAAAAGCCUCCCUGCUGACGAAAAAGAUGAAAACGAUGAAAACUCAAUAAGCAGUUCCUCUGACAGUGAAGAAAAGGAUGGAGAAAUAAGUGAAGAGGGUGAUAUUGAAGAAAAGACUGAAGUGACUCUCUGUUUUAGGAAGUUAAAAUGGGAUUGUGAUAUUGCAGAAGGAAGGACCAGAGCUGCAUGCAAAAAAGGAAAUGGAAGAAAGAACAAUAACUAUAGAAAUCCCUGACGUUCUGAAGAAGAAGCUUGAGGAUGAUUGUUACUAUAUCAACAGGAGGAAACGGUUAGUGAAACUUCCAUGCCAGACCAACAUUAUAACUAUUUUGGAAUCGUACGUGAAGCAUUUUGCUAUCAAUGCAGCCUUUUCAGCCAAUGAGAGGCCUCGUCACCAUCAUGCUAUGCCACAUGCCAACAUGAAUGUGCAUUAUAUCCCAGCAGAAAAAAACGUUGACCUUUGUAAGGAGAUGGUGGAUGGCUUAAGAAUAACCUUUGAUUACACUCUCCCAUUGGUUUUGCUCUAUCCAUAUGAACAAGUUCAGUAUAAAAAGGUGACUUCGUCCAAAUUUUUUCUUCCGAUUAAGGAAAGUACCACAAACACUAAUAGGAACCAGGAGGAGCUCUCUCCAAGCCCACCUUUGCUGAAUCCAUCCACACCACAGUCCACAGAGAGUCAGCCAACAUCAGGUGAACCAACCACCCCCAAAAGGCGCAAAGGCGAGCCGGAAGCCUUGCAGUCUCUGAGGCGGUCCACACGCCACUCUGCCAACUGCGACAGGCUGUCUGAGAGCAGCGCCUCGCCCCAGCCCAAGCGCCGGCAGCAGGACACGUCUGCCAGCAUGCCCAAGCUGUUCCUGCACCUGGAAAAGAAGACACCUGUUCAUAGCAGAUCAUCCUCGCCUGUUCCUCUGACCCCUAGCAAGGAAGGGAGUGCUGUGUUUGCUGGCUUUGAAGGCAGAAGAACUAAUGAAAUAAAUGAGGUCCUCUCCUGGAAACUUGUACCCGAUAGUUAUCCCCCAGGUGACCAACCACCUCCACCCUCUUACAUUUAUGGGGCACAACACUUGCUGCGUUUGUUCGUGAAACUUCCAGAAAUCCUUGGAAAGAUGUCCUUUUCUGAGAAGAAUCUGAAGGCUUUACUGAAGCACUUUGAUCUCUUUCUGAGGUUUUUAGCAGAGUACCAUGAUGACUUCUUCCCAGAGUCUGCUUAUGUUGCUGCCUGUGAGGCGCACUACAGCACGAAGAAUCCCAGGGCGAUUUAUUAAGGUUUCAAUGGUCCUAGAAGAACAGCUUUUCUGUCUAGUUCUCGGUUCCCAGUAAAGAACUAGGGAGUCAGUGGGCCUUCUUUAUGCUGAAAGCAAAUGUGACACCCACCUGGGGGGCUUUGGCAGAGGUGGGCCCAUUUGUUUGAGUUGCUUACCUACUGUAGUUAUUUCUGUUAAGGAUUACUUCCUCGGUGCCUCAAUGGCCUCCAACAUCUAACCCUUGCCACCAUACACGUGAUCUGUGAUGGCAAGAAAACAGCAGCUAUGUUCACAGUGAAUUGUUAAUGAACAUGUGAUUAGGUUGGGCUGUUUCAGUAGACGGAGGUACUUGUUAGCAGUAACCACGUCUUUUAGUUAUUUGUUAGCAUUAAACAAAAUUGUUUUGCAAACUGUUUUCAUUCUUGUGAUAAGACUGAGCAACUCUGUCCCACAAAUUCUAGUUUUACUUGGAAACUGCAAAGUAGUCCCUGAAUAUUUUAGAGGGAAUCGAUAUUAAGAAAAUUUGCAGCUAUACAUUUGCUUGUUACAGUUCCUUUUCUAUAAAACCUUAUUUUUGGUGAUUUAAAUAAAGCAUUCCCUGAAUGUUUGAGAUUUUAUAGCUACACUUGAUUGUGUAAUAUUAUGGUUCCUUUUCUGUAAAAUGUUAUUUUUGGCCAUUUCAAAUAAAUCAUUUCCCAUCUUAUUGGAAAGAA